AUGCCGAGGAGCGUUUCUGUAAGACCACCAGCUAGAACUGACUUCGGCCGCGAGGUCACCAGAAGCUGCAGCCGACGCCUACGGAGGACCCUCAUCAACGAAUGUCACAUUCGUCUGCGCAAAUACGGCAGGGAAAUCGAAAGGGAGAAAGCGGCAUGUGCAGCAUACAUGGACGAGCAAACAAUGCGAAACCUGGAGCGCUGGAUCUUGAUUAAGGUGGACGAGGAGCGAGACAAGAAGAAGACCCAACUCCUCAGCAAAAUGCGUAACCUAAAACAAGCAGAAGCACCCAUGCGCGAACCGUCAGCUGUCCACAACCUGUCAUCUAAACAGCUGACAGACGACCAAAUUAAAGUGCUUCAACAUGAAUCCGGCUACAACACUGGAGACACACAGGCAGUAGAUUUUAUCGCUGCACUAGAAGUGGCCCUCUCAAAAACGGAUGCCGCAGAAGACUCCAAGAACGCGAUUCGCCAGCGAGUCGCAUCCCUCAUCAUAUCCCAUAGGCCACGCCGAACCAUCACCUCAGCGGAGCUCAAGGCCAUAAGAGAAUUAAAGAAUGACGAAGAAAUUGUCAAUGUUCCAGCGGACAAAGGGCGGGCAACCGUGGUCCUAGACAAGUCUGAGUACGUGACGAAAGCCCAAGAGCUACUCAACGACAACCAGUCAUACAAAGUCGUUGACACCGACCCCAUGAAAACACUGGUAGGCAAAAUCAACAAGAGCCUGAACCAAAUGAGGAACCAAAAGGCAGUAUCCGAGAGAGAUUGGAGACAGAUGAAACCGCAAGACGCUGCCCUAGCGCGUUUCUAUGGUCUGCCAAAAAUCCAUAAGCCGAUUGUUCCCCUACGGCCCAUUGCGGCGCUGAAAGGCACGCCUACCUACGGACUGGCUAAAUGGCCCGCCAAGCAUUUAAAGAGGCUGACGGACGGCUCAGAACACACAGCCGUAUAUUCAACACACUUCCUGAAAAAACUCAAAGGGGUUGUAAUAGCCCCCCCCCCCAUUGAGGUAAUGGUAUCCUUUAACGUCGUUUCUCUAUUCACCUCCACCCCAAAAGAAUUGGCCAUGGAAGUCAUCAGUGACCCACUGAAGAGAAAGUACGACGAAGAGGGGAACCCGUUUAAGCGGAAGCACGUGAUGGAAAUACUGGACUACUGCCUACGCACUUACUUCACUUUUAAUGGUCAAAUUUACGAGCAACUCCAGGGAACCCCAAUGGGGUCCCCGAUUUCCGGCUACCUGGCUGAGGCGGUCAUGCAGGAACUGGAAGCUCGAAUUUUUCUAUCCCACAAGCCGAAGUUCUGGAUGCGCUACGUAGACGACACCUUUGUCAUCUUACGCCGAGACGCGAAAGACAACUUUAAAAGGGAAUUGAACUCGGUCUUCCCACAAAUUCAAUUUACCAUGGAGGAAGAAGAAGACGGAGUGCUUCCUUUCCUCGACGUUCAGGUAACGAGGCAAGAAGACGGAACCCUCCAGACUGGUGUCUUUCGAAAAGCGACAAACACGGAGAAAAUUCUCCACUACAACAGUAACCAUCUCCUGUCGCAUAAGCGCAGCUGCGUCCGGACGCUUUUUCGUCGCAUCGAAACACACUGCAGCACAGAAGCCGAGAAGCUGCGGGAGCGUGAAACCCUAUGCACCCCUUCCUUGUCAACGGAUAUCCGAGCAGUUUUGUGA